AAUGAUGGCGCUGGUUUUCCAGUGAUCUGAUCGGUCGGUAGUUGGACCAGUGACUGGCUUUGAUCUGUUAUCUGGAACUUGACCUGCGGAGCACCGUGCCCGUUCAGCAUCAGUUACUGUGGUGAUUUACACCCGGUUAGAAGAGAACCAGCUUCGUAGGACGGAAAAAAAGAUAAACCCGAAGUUACCUCGAUAACCGCAAACCCUGCUUCGCAGUUCAGGCCUCAGCUGUCCCUGAAGGCAGCACUCCCCAACAACAGCAGUGCUUCAAACUUGAGCUUGUGAGAGUAAAUUUUCCUGUGAACUUUCUCUGAAAUUUACCACCGGAUUUAAAAAGCAAAGUGAAACAGAGCCAAGAAAAAGACACAGGAAGAAGACGGACGCGUAGCCAUGGCGCUGGAAACCGAUUCAGACGUGAAAGAGAAGUCGUUAUAUCAGAAACAAAUUGGAUUCGUGGGCGACGAGUUGGAGAGAUGUCAACUCAAAUGUGACGAGCUGAACAAGCGGAACAAGGACCUCGUCUCUCUGCUCACAGCGCUGGAGGAGGACAAAGAAGACAUCGCCGAGUACCUGAUAGCCAAGGAGGCCGAAGAGGAGAAGAAGGUGGAGGAGUUUGCCGAGCUGCUGCAGAAUCAGCAGCAGGCGGCCGAACGGGACGUGGUGGCGCUGAGGCUGCAGCACGGCGAGGAGCUGCCGGAGCUGAGCGACCGACUCCAGGCAGAGAGGACGGUUCAGGUGGAGAAGCUGCAGAAGCAGAGGGAGAUGCUGACGGAGCGGAUGUCUCUGGAGAAGCAGCUGGUCGCUCAGAGGGAAGAGCACGGGGCCGAGAUCCAGAGCCUGACGACUGAGAACGAGGAGGUGGCCGAGGAGAGGCAGACGAUCCCGGACGACUGCGUGGAGCCGCCGGCGAUCCAGAUGAUGCUGCACCGGCUGGAGGUGAUGGAGGAGAUCGACAACCUGCGAGAGCGAGAGCGAGAGGCCACGCGACACUGCGACAUGGACAAGAUGAGGACGGACAUCGAGAAAGUUACCAGGCGGAUCUUGGCCCGCACCACGGAGGCGGAGCAGCUGACGAAGAAGUGCAAGCAGCUGGAGGCGAAGCUGAACAACUGGAGCGUCACCCACGAGUGCUCGCUGGGCGAGGAGCAGCAUCUCAGACAGCGCCUGGCCCCGGUGUCGGAGGCGUGCGGGCAGAAGUUAACCAGAGUCGCCAAGCUGGUGAGGCAGCGGAGCAGGAGGUGGCUGCUGCAGGGCGACAUGAAGAAACACGCCCACGUCCUCCGAGACGUCCUGACGGACUCGGACGACACGUCGGAGACUCGGCACAAGACGCUGAUGCUGCUGGACCUGAUGGAGAGCACCGCCCACGAGGGAACAGGCCCCGCCCCUCAGGACCCCACCGGGAGGGGCGGUCGAGGGCCGACACCCGAGCGCUCCGACUCGGAAUCACCCUGGUACUUGGAUCUCUGUGAUCCCGCCUCUUGAGUUUCGAUGAGCACAGACGUGAACGGAUGUUUCCGUUCCCACCGGUGACCUUUGUGAAUCUGUAGAUUAAAGAAACAGUUAGCAUUAUCCUGUACAUACUGUAUUCCUGCUGCGUUCCAUUAAACCUCGGCACUCGGAGUCGAGGUUAUCGUUCCGUUAUAAUCUCGGAAUUCUGAAUUACCGACCUCAUGAGUUGGAAGUUGCAACUGGAACUGGAAGGUCGGAGGAAAUUCACCGCCCGAGUUCUGAGCUCAGAGGUUUAAUGUAACGCAGCAAUAUAUUCCAUUGUUUUUAAAUACCAAAUCUAUUUAAUGAAAUGAAAAAAUGCCCAAAGGGACGUCCUCAGAUGAUUAAUAUUUUUGUCUGAGCAGCAGUCUGAGGUCAUGUGAUCACUUUGUGACUCGAAUCAAUUAACUGUUUAUAAAACUCACCGGGUCCAGAAA